CUUCUUUCAGCAGCAGCAACAACAGUUAGUCAGCCACCUCGGUAGCUUGUUAGACAAAACAGCCGAACCAAUAAAGCUCUUUAGACUCUUUCGUGUAUAUUAGCCACUGUGUUUUAAACCUACUUCUGUCGUCUACGUAGUUAUCCGAUUUAAGUACAUAUUUACGGUGUUGUUAUUAUUCAGCUAGCGUGCUGGUUAAGUUAGCAUUAGCCUAGCUAGCUAACAUCCCCGACCAUGCGGUCACUAAGCUACUCUCCUUCUAAAGAGGAGGAAGAUAUCACAGUAAAACAAGAAGUAAAGGGUGAGGCCGUUACUGUGAAAGAAGAGGAAGACGCGUUCAGUGUGAAAGAGGAGGAGGAUGUUACAGUAAAAGGAGAGGAAGAUGCAGUUUAUGGCGUGAAAGAGGAGGAGGAUGAGAUGACUGUUACACCGAAAAGGGAGGAGGACGAAGAUGAGGAAACUGGAUAUCUGAGCCCGGUUUCCCAAACGCGUCUUAAGGCAUCCAAUGGUUCUAACGAUGAAUUUAGCCAUAAGAUGGUUUUGAGAAACCGUUCCCUGAUUAACACUAGAGAGAGACGUGACUAUCGUGGACCCUCUGGGGAGCCUCAACAACCUCAUGAUGCUGACGAGGCAGAGAAGAGUCUCUCCAGAUCAGAACUCCUCAAGAAACACCAGCAGAGACCCACAGGGAAGAUAAAUCACCGCUCUGACUAUGGGAAGAGAUUCACCUCAUCAGCAGGCAUUAAAAUGCAUCAGAGAAUCCACACAGUAGAGAAACGUUAUUGCUGUACUCAAUGUGGGAAGAGUGUUGAUACAUCUAGCCAUCUUAUUGUACACCAAAGAACACACACAGGAGAGAAACCUUAUAGCUGUGAUCAAUGUGGGAAGAGUUUUAUUCAGCUAAGCAACCUGAUAUCACACCAGAGAAUACACACGGGAGAGAAACCGUAUAGCUGUGAUGAAUGUGGGAAGAGUUUUACUCACAUAGGCACUCUGAUAUCACACCGGAGAGUACACACAGGAGAGAAACCAUAUAGCUGUGAUGAAUGUGGGAAGAGUUUUGCUUUUUCGAAUAAUCUGACUCUUCACCAGAGAACACACACAGGAGAGAAACCUUAUAGCUGUACUCAAUGUGGGAAGAGUUAUACUCAUUCAACCAGCCUGAUAUCACACCAGAGAACACACACGGGAGAGAAACAGUAUAUCUGUGAUCAAUGUGGAAAGAGUUUUACUCAGCUAAGAAGCCUGGUAACACACCAGAGAACACACACAGGAGAGAGACCGUAUAGCUGUGAUGAAUGUGGGAAGAGUUUUGCUAGUUCCCGCAAUCUGACUCUUCACCAGAGAACACACACAGGAGAGAAACCCUAUAGCUGUACUCAAUGUGGGAAGUUUUUUUAUACAUCUAGCCUUCUGAAGACACACCAGAGAAGACACACAGGAGAGAAAUCUUAUAGCUGUACUGUAUGUGGGAAGAGUUUUGUUCAAUCUGGGGAACUGAAGAUUCACCGGAGAACACACACAGGAGAGAAACCGUAUAGCUGUAGUCAAUGUGGGAAGAGUUUUACUCAGCGAAAUGGCCUGAUAUCGCACCAGAGAACACACACAGGAGAGAAACCUUAUAGCUGUGAUCAAUGUGGGAAGAGUUUUGUUCAGUCUAGCUCUCUGAAGAUACACCAGAGAACACACACAGGAGAGAAACCUCAUAGCUGUGAUCAGUGUGACAAGAGAUACUCUGAAAAAAGAUCUCUGAUCAAACAUCAGAAAAUACAUGCAUGAAAGAUUUGUGUCAUGGUAUCAAUGAAAUGAUUUCACAAUGUAGAAUGUUUUAACAUUGUAGUAGGAGUAUUUUAAUGAUGUCACAAUGUAGAACCCUAAACGUUUGCCCCCUGUUCUAUUGAUUUCAGCAUGAUGUGGAUAUUAGCCUCAGGUGGGAAAUCCAGUUCUGAAAUGGAAGAGUAUUAUUUAUGAGAUUUAAGAAAAAGUGACGAACAAAAAGAGUCGUUACACUUACCACGUUGGUGACCCACUUGAGUCAAAAUGCAACACUUCAAAAUGUGGCGAGCUGUUUUCUACCAAUUGUCCUCUAACCAGGGAUGUACACAUUAUUCCCAGAUUCCGUGUGGUUUUUGAGCUGUUAGUUUUAACAGGGCGUGCAACCUCAUCUCCCUCUUCUCGGCACAAUUGAUUUCAACAUGAUAUUGAUGAGUUAUGAGAAAUAAGUGUUGCGUUCCUUUGUUUAGUGACACCUACAUUUAAAUGCAUCUCUCCAAAAUGUAGCUGACUGUCUUCUGCAGGUUGUGCUCUAACCAGGGAGCUAAAAGAUAUCUCCCAUUUCCAUGUGUUUUUUUUAGAUGUUAGUUUCAACAGCAAGUACAAUCUGAUCUCCCCCCUAAUCGAUAUCAGUGAUUUAUUGCUACUUGUCAAAACAACAUAAUUUUUGGUGCUUGUGUCCAUGGUGAGGACAACUUAGUUUCUGAUUGUCUCAAGAUUGGGCAGUCAAAAAUAUUUGUGUUUUCUAUUUAGCCAGUGCGGUCCAUGGAUCACAAAUUAUUUUUUGACUUUCCGUAUUAGAGAUGAGUUAUGUUCCAAGGGGACGAGAGUUCAAGAAGCAAGUGAGUUUUAGGAAGGGAAAAAAUACGUUUUUAAUUGUUGCCUGCCAGUAGACACCAUGUUAAUAUUGUAGAAGGUGAAGCAUUGUAAUUGAUUAUAAUGUGAAAUGGAAGUUGUUUUCUGUUGGUGGUGCGCAUUCUUUUAAGGUGUCAGUAUGUGUUACACCUGUGCUGGCUUGUCCAUCUCAUUAGGGGGAAGGUGUAUCACCUGAGCUGGUCCAGGUUCUAUUUAAGAGUGUCUGGCCCAGUGCUCCAGUUGUCUUGACAGAUGUGGAGUGUAAACACCUUUGGUUGCUCCACCUUUGUUUUGGUUUUUCUUCUGUUUGCCUCUUCUUGGGCAGAUUUAGUGGGUCUCAUGGUGGGUGACUUUUGUGUCCCAGUUGUUGUUACUAGUCAACUUUCAGUGGACACUGAGAGCAAAACUGCAACAUUAUGUUAUAAUACUUUUAUUGGCUCAAAUGGUUGUUUUAUGCAACAGAAUAGAGUGUUCUUAGAACUAUUGUGUCUGUGUGUUCUACUGAAGAUGGGCCUCUGGGAGAUAACACUGACAGGAAAUGUACAAUGUCUUUUGGGUGAUAAAACCUAAAGAGACCGCAUUCCAGAGCAUGAGUUAAUGUUUCUGUUCUAUAUGGUACCAGGGAGAGAUGACCCCAGGACCAGACCCCUGGUCUCUACACAAAAAGUAGUGCUUUUACAGCAGAUACUCUGCUGCGAAUUAUAAGGAUCUUACAUACAAAGCUUAACCUUGUGACACUUUCUACAUGUCUAUUGUUGGUCAUGUAGGUUGUAUCUUGGCUAUAAAAGACCUUUGUACUUUUGUGUCGUGGCUCUCAAUUAAUCAUCUGGGGGUGAUUUGUUGACCCGCCAUCAUUAUCGUAGAGCACUCAAUUGGUUCACUUUAUAUGUGUGCGUUGUAUUGACCUGCUCCCUUAUAAGUGAAUAAAUAUUUAAAUUUAACUCUGA